AUGACCUCACCUGUGGUAGAGGAAUGGGUGGGGAAUGAGACUGUGCUGUCUCGUGGUGGAGUCGGUCGUUUGGUUUUGGCCCCAAAUGAGUUCCUGGGACGAGCUGACCUGGUGACCAACGAGGAGGUUCUGGUACCACUCCUCAAACAUUGUGGACUUCGUGUCACGGUGGCUCAGAUAGUGGAACAUGUGGAGCUUUUCCUCAACUAUGCCAGACCAAAGGGAAAACCCAACCUCCCUCGCAAGGCUUGCAGAUUCCAGGCUUGGAAGCUGAAGCGCUUGGUGAGUGUGUUCAGCAGGGUGGCCAAACGAGGCCACUACCCUAGAGAACGUGGUAUCCGGCGUAUCUUCACUGGUGCAGGGAUCCCACUUCCCUCUGAUCCCCGUGACUCUCGAGAUUCUCUCCAAGUGGACACGGAGGGGGAGGACGAGGGAGAGGAAAGUGAAAGAGUCUCUGAUACUGAAUUUGAGCUGGAGUCCGGGGAGUCAUCUGUUGGGAAAGCUGCUCACCGUGAAGGUGAUCGAGAUCAUCUGGCAAAGGAGGCCGACUCCAACCUCAGGGAGGAGACCGCUUCUGCAGCUUCGAAUGUGACCCCUUUACCCAAUCAUAGUCGAUUGGAGACAAACCCACCCAGCGCUGAGAAGCUACAGAAGCACGCGGUUGAGCUCUUGGAAGAUGGAACAGGGACAUGCCGGAAAUGUGGUUUGUUUGCUCCAUCCAGACUUUGCCCCAACAUCCAGAGCUUGUUUUCUCGGCCUUGCACUGGCCAAGAUGAUGGAAAGGAUCUGAAGUUCCAAAUCCUGUUUUCGAACGAUUGGCUAAAAGAGUUCCAAUCCCUGGUGAAAAACUUGAAGUUUGAUGAGUGGCAGGUGAUGGCGCACUCAGGAAAAUCUUUCCGAUUCUUAGGCAACGGUAAGCUCUCAGAGAUUCCAGAGCCUUGUGAUUUUCCCUUGAUGCUCCAGCCCAUUCCGGCAGAACAGCUGCAAGCAGAGCUUGAGCUUGCUUUGCUGGAAGUGGACCUCUUGAAUGAACAGCUUCAGCUUGAAGAGUUGGAGUAUGCUUUGCAUUUUGAAGAGGUGACUGCGGAGCCCACCAAGAAGUUAGAGCAGAACAACAUCAUGCCUGAACCUUUUUGUGCCGGCGACAACUUUGACACCCUUCCUUUUGAUGCCCAUAUGGCCAUGGAGAGCUUUGUGAUGCCUCCUGAGGCCCCGCUGCCACAAGAGAAGCCUAAGACCUUUGCUGAGAUGUCUGGCGCUGGUUUGUCUUCUGAGACCCUUGUUCUUGGAGCUGAGAGUGGGGAGCCAAAGGUGGAGGAACCCGAGAAGGCUCCAAAGGUGGAGGGGUCAGAGGUGGGAGCAGUUGGGAGGCCAGCAGCACUGGAUGCUAUUCCAAUCCUGGCACCGCAAGAGCAAGCACCCCGAAAAAAGAAGUCUGACAAGAAGGAGAAGAAGGGAGCCAAAGGCCGUGGAAGAGGCAAGAAGAAUGGAAAGGGCAAAGGAAAGAAGGCAAGAGAGAGUGGAUCUGAUGAUGAGGCUGAAGAAAAUGACAGCUGCAGCGGUGAAGAAUCAAAUGCUGGAGAUUCUGAUGAUCAUGAAUCUGUGGAGGAGCCUCCACCCGAGCCAAAGGAAUCCAAGAAAAGCAAGAAGGAGAAAACUUCAAAGAAGACUGCAAAAGCAAAGGCUAUGGCAAAACAGAAAGCUCGGACAAAGGAGAAGCGGGUUCGACCAGAGACCAAGACUGACAAAAAGGAGAAGCAGGAAAAGACCAAGAAGCCAGAGGAAAAGGAUAAAAAGAAGAUGCGGCAAACCAAGCCUGACCAGGAUGAUGAGGAGGAAAAGGGCAAGGCGUUGGCAAGGAAAAGGAAGUCGGUUCAGGCCAAGGUUGAUGCAAAGGAGGAAGCUGAGGAGACAGAGGAGCCAAGCAAGCCAAAGAGGUCAAAGAAGGAAUCAGGGCGGAAAGCUGCGCAUGAAAAGAAUGGUAAAGACAGCAGUGAAAACCAGGAUGAAGAGGCUGAUGAGAAGGAGGCUGAGAAGUUGGAGACAAAAGCAAAACAAAGCAGGAAGAGUUCUGCAUAUCAUACGGCAAAGCGGGCGGCUCUGAAGGAAGGACACACGAAGGAAGAAGCACUAGAGAUUGCAAAAGAGGCUUAUCGCAACACCAAGUGA